GCCUCCCGGUGCCCCCGCCGGACUUUUCCCUCCUCCCGAGAAUGAGGCGGCCGACGCGGCGGCUGGCGCUGUCUCUGCUGGGGGUGCUCUGGCUCGCCGCCCUCCUCCUCUUCUUCUUCGGGGCGCGGAGGAAGUUGGAGGCGGCGGAGCCCGAGGGACACACGCCGGAGGAAUCGGACGUGGACUGGGACGACCUUUGGGAUCAGUUUGAAGAGCGGAGGUACCUGAGUGCCCGGAGGUGGAAGGGCGGCGAGGACCCGUACCGGCUCCAUGCCUUUAACCAGCGGGAGAGCGAGAGGAUCCCCAGUGACCGCGCUGUCCGCGACACCCGCCAUCACAGGUGUACGACUUUGCGCUACAGCCAGGACCUCCCGCCCACCAGCGUGAUCAUCACAUUCCACAACGAGGCCAGGUCCACCCUGCUAAGGACAAUUCGGAGCGUGCUGAACCGCACCCCAGUGCACCUCGUCCAUGAAAUCAUACUCGUGGAUGACUUCAGUGAUGACCCUGAUGACUGCCGCUUGCUGGGCCAGCUCCCCAAGGUGAAGUGCUUGCGGAACGGACGGCGGGAAGGUCUGAUUCGGUCCCGAAUCCGAGGGGCAGACGUGGCAAAAGCCGGUGUCCUGACCUUCCUGGACAGUCACUGCGAGGUGAAUAAGGACUGGCUGCUCCCUCUGCUGCAGAGGAUCAAAGAGGAUCCCACCCGAGUGGUCAGUCCCGUUAUUGACAUCAUCAACCUGGACACUUUUGCCUAUGUGGCAGCUUCCUCAGACCUCAGGGGAGGUUUUGACUGGAGUCUGCAUUUCAAAUGGGAGCAGCUUUCCCCGGAGCAGAAAGCCAAACGACUUGAUCCCACCGAGCCCAUUAAGACACCCAUCAUUGCUGGGGGGCUGUUUGUGAUCGACAAGGCCUGGUUCAACCACCUGGGGAAGUACGACAGUGCCAUGGACAUCUGGGGUGGGGAGAACUUUGAAAUCUCUUUCCGUGUGUGGAUGUGUGGAGGGAGCCUGGAAAUCAUUCCCUGCAGCCGUGUUGGGCACGUCUUCCGGAAGAAACAUCCCUACGUCUUUCCAGAGGGAAAUGCCAAUACAUACAUUAAGAACACCAAGCGCACGGCCGAGGUGUGGAUGGACGAGUUCAAGCAGUACUACUACGCCGCCCGGCCCGCAGCCCAGGGGAGGCCCUUUGGGAACAUCCAGAGCAGAGUGGAGCUGCGGAAGAAGUUGAAAUGCCACAGCUUCAAGUGGUACCUGGAAAACGUUUAUCCCGAACUUCGGAUUCCCGAGGAAUCACUCUAUCAGACUGGGAUCAUCAGGCAAAGGCAGAGCUGCCUGGAGUCACACAAGUCUGAAGACCAGGAGUUCCCCAUCCUGAGUUUAACUUCUUGUAACAGCAGCAAGGGCACAGUGCCAAAGGCACAGGAAUGGACGUACACAUACAACCACCAUGUCCGCCAACAGCAGCUGUGUUUGUCUGUGUACACCCUCUUCCCUGGUUCCCAGGUGCUGCUGUCACCUUGUAAAGAAGGUGACAACAAGCAGCGCUGGGGCAAAGUCGGGUCACACAUUGAGCACAUAGCUUCACGCUUUUGCUUGGACACUGAGACCAUUGGGGACACCCACGAGAGCAUCAAAGAGCUCGUCAUCAACCCCUGUGAGAGCACAGCCAUGAGCCAGCGCUGGGACAUGGUGAUGUCUUGACCUGCUGGAGGAUGUGCGCGGC